GAGAGAGAGAGAGAGAGAGAGAGAGAGAGAGAGAGAGAGAGAGGACAUAUUGAUAAGAGAAGGAGAACGAGAGAAAGAGAGAGACAGAGAGAGAGAGAGUGGAUGUCUUAUAGAAUGAACAAAACAUCCUCUGUUUCUCUUGUCCUUGUCCCUUUUUUCAGAUCUUAAGGUUCUUCCCACAUUUUAUCAUCAUCAUCUGGGUCCUCUCCAAAAUGAUUUGAAGAUACUCAAUUCCUAUUUGAUCGGGACUAGAAAUUUGGAUUCUGUUUCAGACAGAAGUUGAUUUCCUUGUCUCUUUUCCGUUUGAUUUUUCCAUUUUCGCGUUCAAGACUUCUCUGAUAAGAUGAAUCUGGAGGAGCAAAAGAUGGAAUCGGGAUCGGAUCUGGGAAAGCUCUUCAUUGGCGGGAUUUCAUGGGAUACAGAUGAAGAACGACUGAGAGAGUAUUUUGGCAAGUAUGGAGAUUUGGUUGAAGCUGUGAUCAUGAGAGACCGUACCACUGGACGUGCUCGUGGCUUUGGGUUUAUCGUCUUUGCAGAUCCUUCUGUUGCAGAGAGAGUGAUCAUGGAGAAACACAUCAUUGAUGGCCGCACGGUCGAGGCGAAGAAAGCUGUCCCUCGAGAUGAUCAGCAAGUGCUAAAACGGCAUGCCAGUCCAAUGCACCUUAUCUCACCCAGCCAUGGUGGUAAUGGUGGCAGCGCACGAACAAAGAAGAUCUUUGUUGGAGGUUUACCAUCUAGCAUUACUGAGGCCGAGUUCAAGAACUACUUUGAUCAGUUUGGUACAAUUGCUGAUGUUGUGGUAAUGUAUGAUCAUAAUACACAGAGGCCAAGAGGCUUUGGCUUCAUCACCUUUGAUGCCGAAGAGUCCGUUGAUAUGGUUCUCCACAAGACCUUCCAUGAGUUAAACGGAAAAAUGGUUGAGGUCAAACGAGCAGUGCCAAAGGAGCUCUCCUCGACUCCUCCUAACCGAAGCCCGCUUCUUGGGUAUGGUAACAACUAUGGAGUGGUCCCUAACAGGUCAUCUGCUAAUAGCUACUUCAAUAGUUUCCCUCCUGGUUACAACAACAAUAAUCUAGGCUCUGCUGGCCGGUUUAGUCCUAUUGGUAGCGGUAGAAAUGCUUUCUCUAGCUUUGGGCUCGGUUUAAAUCAAGAACUGAAUUUGAAUUCAAACUUUGAUGGAAACACUCUUGGGUAUAGCCGGAUCCCAGGCAACCAAUACUUCACCAGUGCUUCACCAAACCGUUACAACUCUCCAAUUGGGUACAACAGAGGUGACUCUGCUUACAACCCGAGCAACAGAGACUUGUGGGGAAACAGAAGUGAUUCUCUUGGUCCCAGUUGGAACUUGGGAGUAUCAGCUGGUAACAACAGAGGAAACUGGGGACUUUCUUCUGUGGGGAGCGAUACAAAUGGCUAUGGAAGAAGCUAUGGGAUGGGUUCUGGACUUUCUGGGUUAUCAUUUUCGGGUAAUACAAAUGGUUUUGAUGGCUCUAUAGGGGAAUUGUAUAGAGGCAGCUCGGUUUACAGCGACUCAACGUGGCAGCAGUCAGUGCCUCAUAAUCAGUCUUCUAAUGAGUUAGACGGCUUGUCUCGCUCUUAUGGCUUUGGUAUUGACCAUAUAGGCUCAGACCAAUCUGCCAAUGCCUCAGAAGGUUACCCCGGAAACUACAAUGUCGGAAAUAGACAAACAAAUAGAGAUUGAUUAACGUUUUCAGGUAUUGAAGCAUAGAGAAAAUCGACGAAAAGAAAUGAGAUAUGUAGAUCAAGAACAGCCAGUUUCUGUUGCAGAGUUUGAAGAGUUGUUGUUAUUCGAUAUCAAGUAGAGAAAGAAUCCAACUUUCUUCAUCACAGUGAGUUUCUUGUUUUGUUUUUUUCGUCGUUAGCAUCACAAACACAAAAAGAGAAGUUUUUUACUUUAUAAAAUUCUUACAUAAGAUAAGAUAAGAUCAGAUUGGUAGCUGCAAAGAUACAACAUGGGUGGUUAAAAAGGAUUUGGUUUCAGCGUUUCGUCUCCAUAGCAAUAACCAGAGAUCGUUGAUUCUCGAUCACUAUUCUUUAGGUUUCUCUUCUUCUUCCUCCCAAGAUUCAUGAUGUUGUGUGCUCUGUUUGUAACUCUAAUUGUUAAUUUUUUUUCCUUACAGAUUUUUCUUUUCUUAUUUUGGUUUAAACUUUGGAUUCGAAAUUGUUCAUGGGAACUUUUGGAUUUAUUACUUUUUCCUUUUCGAUUAGCUUGAGAGAAAAUCAUUUGUGCAAAAGGCUCCAAAAUGAUUAUUCUGUGGCAUUUGAUAUGUUUUACUUUGA